UAAUACUACGGCAAAAGGACUUUUUUAUUACAAAUGAGAUGAAGAAAUUUAGAGACUUUUUAAUUUUAAAUAAUUCAAUAAUUUGUCAAGAAACGAAAGCUUAAUUUAUACAGAGAAUUAAGCUUAACAAUUUUUAGUGAAUGUGUUCUUUUUCUGGUGCCGGAAUUGCAAACAGAAAAAAUGUAUCCUUGUGUAAUCUCUACAGUCUUUGAAAAUAUUGAAAUUUAAGAAGCAUAUAAAAAAAAUUUAAAUACAUAAAAGGAAAGCAGAAAGAAAAAAACAAUAAAUAUGUUGUUUCAACGCAGUUGAUUAUGAAAUUGUAUGAAAAAACUUUUCAAACGUUUACUUAAAUUUACACAAAAUAAAAGCUUAAUAUAUAAUCAAUAAAGUUAAAAACAAAAUAAAAAAUAAUUCAUUAUUAUACACAGAAUAUUUUAAUACCUUAAGCUAUACAAAGAAGCAACCAAAUUGAAACAAUAAAUAAGCUUAAAAUAUAGUUUAAGUUAAAUUUUUUUUUUAAUUAAGAAACUAUCAACAUCACCCUUCAUAAAAAGUAAAAACUUUAUAAAACAUAAAAAGUAACAAAAAAAGGAAACAUAUAUAAAAAUGGCUGAUAAAAAGAUUGCUGAACAAUAUUAUGCGCCCCCACCAAAGAUGGGCAAGUGGGAGGGUUUUAAGAAAUUCCUAUGGAACAGUGAUACAAGCCAGUGUCUGGGACGGACAGGAGCUAGUUGGGCAAAAAUCUUAAUAUUUUAUGUAAUAUUUUAUGCGGCAUUAACUGGUUUCUUUGCUGCCAUGCUAGCUGUAUUCUACCAAACUUUGGAAGUAAAUAAACCUAAAUGGACGUUAGAUACCGGCUUAAUUGGCACAAAUCCAGGUCUUGGUUUUCGACCAAUGCCACCAGAAGCAAACGUUGAAAGUACCUUAAUUUGGUAUGAAGCAUCAAGACGCGAUAACUUUCAAUAUUGGGUCGACGAGACUAAAAAGUUUUUAAAAUCGUACGAUAAUCUACCGAGAAAGAAUCAAGUGAAUUGUUCAUUUGAACAGCCACCACCCGAUGGGAAAGUCUGUUCUUUUGAAAUCACACAAUUUUCACCCUGCACCGAGCAAAAUGAUUUCGGUUAUAAUUUGCCUCGACCUUGUAUAUUCCUCAAAUUAAACAAGAUCUACAAUUGGGUGCCUGAAAUUUACAACGAUUCAAAAAAUUUACCAGAAGAAAUGCCCGAAGAGUUGAAGCAGCAUAUUAAAGAGAAACAAAGCUUGCGGCCAAAUGAGACCAAUGUUGUCUGGAUUAGUUGUGAAGGCGAAAAUCCCGCUGACGUUGAGAAUAUUAAAGCACGUGAUUAUUAUCCCCGCAUGGGUUUCCCUUAUUAUUAUUUUCCAUUCAAAAAUAUUGACGGUUAUACGCCACCAAUUAUUGCUGUGCAGUUUACCGUUGAAACCGGUGUUUUGAUAAAUAUUGAAUGCAAAGCCUGGGCUCGCAAUAUUCACCAUGAUCGCUCUGAGAGGAGAGGAUCCGUCCACUUUGAGUUGAUGGUUGAUUAAGAUAUAGAUACUCAGCAGCAGCAGCAACAACAACAGCAACAACAACAACAAAAGCAGAAGCCUAACCAACAGCAGCAACAUCAGCUACGAAAGCAGAAUGGAUUACAAAAUGCAACAACAACACAUGCAGUAACAGUAGUAAAAGAUGAUGAACAAAAUGAACAAGAAAAGUCAGCUAAAGAAAAUUAACCGAAAUUAAAAAAAAAACAAAAUAAAUGAAUAAAUGAAAA